AUGGACGAAGAAAUUAUAGAAGAAGUUCUCUCAUCAGCAUUGGAUAAUUUAGAAUCUUCACCAAACUCAGAAAUGAUGUUAAUGAAUGAUGAUGAUGACGAUGAUAAUGAUGAAGCUAUAGAUCCAGAUUUAAUUGCAAUGAUUCAACAACAAUCAAUCGUUCCUACUACUAGUUCUUCUGUUGUCGUAUCGUCCAUCGAAGAGAUUCCUGCUACUGAUGAUGAUGAUGAUUUCGUUGAAGAUGAAACAGCACUCGAAAGAAUUAUUGCAUUAAAAGAAAUGUUUCCAGAAACUAUUCGAAAUACUCUAGGAACAAUAAAUAGUACAUUGUUGAAUACAUCAAAAUUAGCUUAUGAUAAAGGUCGUUCAGCUGCUUGGUGGAUUACUUCAAGUAUGUGUGUACUCGUUUUUCCAAUUCUUAUUCAAAAAGAAUUAUUACAAAUUGCGGAACAAAUCAGUCACGAACAACGAUCGAUUCUUUUGGGACCACAAGCAGCUACAGGUGCUCUCAGUGGUAGUGCAUUUUAG